AUGAAUACUAAUGCCCAUAUACUCAAGGCUAUGAUGUGUAGGAACAUCAACACUACGAUCACUGAGAUGCCGAUAACCGUCUCCAGCAGCACGCCACUUACAAUCUGGCCAAAUACUGAGUCCUUCGAUGUGAGGUUGGCGAGGUAUUCUAUAAAGGGUUCGAACAUAACGACUGUAAGUAUUGUAGUGUAUGGUUAUAUAAGGGACUCUGCUGCUGUUAAUAAGAUGGAUAUUGGUGUGAAGGCGUUAGGCACCCAUCCAAGGAAGACAGAGAAGAAGGAUAUAGGGGAUGUCGAUAUACCUGUAAAGUUUGGCGGUGUUGUCUUCACUCCUGGGCACUGGCUUUAUUCUGAUGAGGAUGGUAUCAUUGUAGCUGCGUCUGAUGUAAGGAGACCUACUGCCGCCAUCUAG